AAGGACGCCUCGCCUUAUUUCUUCGCAAUUAUCAGGGUACAUUGUCCAUGUAGCGCGGUGUUACAGCCGGGAGAGUAGAAUUAGCCGCUGGAAGAGCGGUCCGGAGUAAUCAUUGUGAGGUCGUUCGAGCGAAGCGAUGGAGCUGUCCACGGUACCGAAUGCCGAACGGGAGCUGAUGCCAGACUACGUUUCUAAAAUGUAUUGGGGACUGGCGUUCAAUGGUACCUGGGAGGAUUUCCAGAACAGUUUUCAAAAGAAUAUUAGCCUGGAUAACGGCACACGAUUGAAUCCGACCAACGAAACCGCGUCCACAAUCCACGCGAUCGCUAUCACGGCGCUCUACUCGGUAGUGUGUGUGGUUGGGCUUAUUGGUAAUUUCCUGGUCAUGUACGUGAUUGUCAGGUACACAAAAAUGAAGACCGCUACAAAUAUUUACAUCUUCAAUCUUGCGCUGGCAGAUGCCUUAGCCACGAGUACGCUGCCAUUCCAGAGUGCCAAAUAUCUGAUGAACACCUGGCCCUUUGGAGAGCUGUUGUGUAAGAUAAUUAUAUCAAUUGAUUACUACAACAUGUUCACCAGCAUCUUCACUCUCACUAUGAUGAGCGUCGAUCGCUACAUUGCCGUCUGCCACCCCGUUAAGGCAUUGGAUUUCCGCACACCCAUGAAUGCAAAGAUUGUCAAUGUCUGCAUGUGGCUGCUGUCAUCCGCCAUUGGAGUCCCUGUCAUGGUUAUGGCCAUCACGCGCCCAGAUGAUAACGGCAGUGUGAUGUGUGGCAUUCAAUUCCCAGAGCCCAAAAAAUACUGGGAAAAUGUAACCAAAAUUUGUGUCUUCAUCUUUGCCUUUGUCAUCCCGGUGUUGGUCAUUACAAUUUGCUACAGUCUCAUGAUCCUGCGUCUGCGAAGUGUCCGACUCCUCUCGGGCUCCAAAGAGAAGGACAGGAACCUGCGGAGGAUUACACGGAUGGUCCUCGUGGUGGUAGCCAUCUUCAUCAUCUGCUGGACACCGAUUCACAUCUUCGUCAUUGUCAAGGCCUUGGUGAAAGUUGGCUCAAGUCCCUUGAUAUCGGUCAGCUGGCACUUCUGCAUUGCUCUGGGGUACACCAACAGCUGCCUCAACCCUGUGCUCUACGCCUUCCUGGAUGAGAACUUCAAGCGGUAUUUCCGUGAGUUCUGCCUGCCCCUGCGUACCAGGUUGGAAGAAAAUAGCUUCACCCGAGCUAGAAAGACAACUAGGGAAUCGGUUUGCGCCUGCACCCCCUCUGAGAUGGUCAACAAGCCAGUAUGACUAGGCGUGAACAAGCCCAGUAAGGGCUCACACUCUGGGAGAGAACAGGACCUGAAUUCUGAAGUAACACAAAUCACAACGGAGUUUUAACCAUUAUUAUUUCAAAUAAAUGAUGAUUGUAAUUUAAAUCUUUAAGGAGGGAAAUCGAGGCAUUUGUGUACUUGCCUCAGUUUUCCAGGGAGUUUAGUUCACACUGUAAUCUAGUUAGAAUUUCAUUUACAAAGUUCAAGUGAUUGCCUGUAAUAAGGAAAAUUAACUUAGCAAUUAUUUUUACAUAGAAAGCUUACAAACACGCACGCACACACACACACACUGCCUUUGGCACAAAGGUAUACUUUUUUUUUGAAGAAGUUGCCUUAAUUCAAUGUGUCAGGCUGUUUUACUUGGUGUUAAAUGUUUUCUAACCUUUGUUGGGAAAGUGGUACUACACAUUAUUUAUUUUACAAUUACCACAAUGACACAAGUUUUGUUAUAGUCCAUAGUAGCCUUUAAUUAAAUGUAUCUCCCUGCAUUGAGUUAUGUAGAUGUUUUUAUAUACUCAUUGCACAGACUUAAUUGUCUUCUUAAAGCAAUGUAGGCAGAUCUGAUAUCUCCAUUCUUGCUGACAGCCCUUUUAUGAAACAAUCACCUUAUUUCCCUAAGAGUCGUUCUCAACCCAAAAGGACAUGCAAAUGCCUCAUCUAACAGGGAGGAAACGGAUGAAAAGGAAUUCCUUCUGUUUUUCUAUGGUAGUAUUUAGACACAUUGAAAUUCAGCUGCUGGACUGAUGUCAGGGAGAAAUUUAAUGGUUGAUAUUUUAUAAUGCUAUAUGUGUGGUUGAAGUUAUUGCUGUAAAAAGAGUUAAGAUAUGUAUCAUAUUUCUGACAUUGUAAACACAUGGAUUAAAGAGUUGAUCACAUAUUCUUCAGCCAACC